CGAAGAGGGCAAUUAAUGGCGGAGUUAGCGACCAGUGUUGCAGCUGGGGUGAUAUGCUCCCUACUUGAGAAGCUUGGUUCUCUCGCAGCGGCAGAGUAUGCAAUGUUCAGCAGCGACCGCAGAGAGGUAGAACUACUGGUGGAUGAGCUCAGUUCUAUGAAUGCUGUUCUUGAGAAGUUGGCAUACAUAGAGAACAUUGAUCCAUUAACCAAGCAAUGGAGGGACCAGGUCAGGGAGCUGACCUACGAUACUGAGGAUUCUAUCGUCAGCUCCAUGCUCCAGGAUCGCCAAGAUGGAGCUACGGAUUGGUUCAUUUGGAAGAUUUUUCCGUUUUUCAAAGAUCUCAGAGAGGGCUAUAGUUUAUCCAAACAGAUCAAUCAAAUCAAGGCCUCUGUAAUAGAGCUAAGCGCUCGACGAGAGCGGCUCAGAGUUGAUGAAGUCAUCUCUACAUCUUCUCAUGUGUCCAUUGAUCCUCGACUGCAUGUGCUCUAUAAGGAUGCUGCCGGUCUUGUUGGAAUUGAUGGACAGAAGGAUAAGCUCAUGGAAAUGCUAAUGGGUGAUGAUCAGCACUUAAAGGUAGUGUCAGUUGUGGGAUUUGGAGGUUUAGGCAAGACUACACUUGCCAACUCAGUAUACCAUGCUUUACCUACACUACAACACCAUGAACACAGAUUUGACUGCCAAGCAUUUGUAUCGGUCUCCCAGAGACCUGAUAUCAAUGGGGUUCUUUGUAGUUUGCUCAGAAUGCUUCGAGUGGAUACAACAUCGUCGGAUAAUAGUAAUGUUCAACUCCUUAUCAUCAUGAUCAACCAACAUCUGCAACAUAAAAGGUACCUUAUUGUAAUUGAUGAUUUGUGGAAUGAAUCGGACUGGUAUACUAUCAGAUGUGCUUUCCCAGAGAACAACUCCGGAAGUAGAUUAAUCGUAACUACACGAAUUGAUAGUGUGGCUUUAGAUUGCUGUUCUAAUCGGCGUGAAAAUGUUUAUCCAAUGAAACCUCUCGAAGAACAAUACUCAAGAAGACUUUUUCUUACAAGAAUAUUUGGCUCUGAACAUGCUUGUCCUGAAUACUUAAAAGAAGCUUCGGCUGAGAUAUUAAUAAAAUGUGGUGGUCUACCCCUAGCAAUCAAUGUUGUAUCAGGUUUUUUGGCCAGUAAGAAGACACCAGAACGAAAGGAGCACUGGGACAGGGUGCAGGGUUCUUUGGGCACCAUCGAUAGAGAGUUCGAACCAAUGAAACAGAUGUCACAAAUCUUAAACCUGAGCUACAUGCAUCUUCCUCAUCAUUUGAGGGCAUGCUUCCUUCAUCUUGGUAUAUAUCCAGAGGAUCGGGAAAUCAUGACGGAUGAUUUGGUGAAGCAAUGGCUUGCUGAAGAUUUUGUGCCUUGCAGCCCACAUAGGCAAGAUCGAGAGGACGUUGCAAGGGACUAUUUCAACGAGUUAGUCAACAGGAGCAUCCUCCAACCUGUAGAUAUAGACUACAAGGAUGAGGUGAUGUCAUGUCGAUUACAUGACAUGAUGCUCGAGUUCAUCUUGGACAAAUCAGCGGAUGAGAAUUUCAUAACUGUAAUGGAUAAAUUUGGAGUCCGGAGUGGAGGCACCAGUAAGAUCCGUCGGCUCUCUUUGCAAUCUGACUACGAGAAUCAUGCCUUGGUACCAGGAGCAAUUAUUCUGACACAAGUUCGGUCGCUUGCAACCUUUGGUGCUUGUGUUGACGGAGCGUUCUCGAGGCUAAAGUUUAUUCGAGUCCUAGUGGUUGACCAAGGUAGUAUGACUGAGGACGACAUGGCUGGAGUUUGCCUGCUGCUCCAUUUGAGAUACCUGAAGAUUAUUUCUUAUACAAUCCAUGGGUAUGAUCUAGUAGUACCUCCUGAAAUUCUGAAUCUAUGGUCUCUGGAAACGCUGGAUCUAAGAGAUUUCGAUGGCAUACCUACCCUUCCAGAAGAAAUAGCUCAUUUGUCCAGCUUGCGGCAUCUGCUUCUCCCAUCAAAUGUAGUCUUGCCUGAUGACAUAGGCCGUAUGAAGUCACUGCAUACAAUACGCAGUUUUGAUAUGUGCAAGAAUUCCGUAGCCUGUAUAAACGGCCUCGGGGAGCUGACCAAUCUCAGAGAUCUUCAACUCCGUUUUGAUGACACUUUGUACGACUCUGACAAGGGCAACAAUGUAGCUCUAUGCUCUGCUCUCCAAAAGCUUGCUGGUGGAAACCUUAAACAUCUAGCAAUCGUUUCGGAAGAUCCAUGCGGCAACCAAUCUCUACCAAGGCGUCAUCACCUGGAUUGUCUGCAUUCCUUACCAGGAAAUCUAGAGACACUACAUCUACAAGAUCGCAUGCCUACUAUUCCAAACUGGAUUGGUCAACUCGGUAAUCUGUAUGACAUAAAUCUUGAAGGAAUCGAGAGGUUGAACCCGCAAGGUAUUGAUAUCCUUGCAAAGUUGCCCGCCCUUCUCUACCUGAAGAUGUAUAUCUCGAUAUGCAUCGCUGAAACAAUUGCCAUCCGUGGUGGGAGUGGGAGUGGGGCCGCUUUCCCAUCACUCAAGUAUUUCCACCUCAUUUGCUCACCGCCAUGGGUGGCCUUUGAGCAAGGGGCAAUGCCCAAGCUCCAGAGACUCGAUAUAGAAUUUGAGGCGGACAGAUGGGAGGAACGUGGAAGAGCGCCUGCAGGCAUCCACAACCUGGGUGCCUUGCAGGUACUCUUGGUACAACUGAUGAACGGCGGUGAGGAGUCUGACAAGGAAGCUGCUAAAUCUGCGCUGCGUGCUGCAAUCGACGGCCAUCCACGUGGCCCUCGCAUUGACGUCAGCCAAGGAUCUUACUAUCAUAUUUAUACGGAGGAGGAAUAUAAUACAGUUUUCAAAAUGGACGAUGAUAUGGACAUCUCCGACUGAGCACAAAUAGCGGUCAGCAAAAUUUUGUGCAACAUUGCCCCGGCUGCCGUGUGUAUUUGUUUCCCAUCCUUAAAUCCUAGGUAUGUAAAAGAUAUGAAAAAGUUGGAAAAACAAAAAAAUAGAAAAAGAUGUGUAUGCG